GCCCGACCGCAAAGUAUCGUUUGACAUAUGUUGUGAAUAACAUUUGGUCUCUUGAACUCGAAUAGUUGCAGUUGCAGUCCAGCAUUUCUCGAAUAUCAAAGAUGAAAACUUUCGCUUGUUUGGCCGUCCUCGUCGCCCUUUGCGCUGUUGUAGCGAUGGUCCAGGCUGAUCAGAUAACUGAGCCGUUUUGUUAUUGGUCCGGCACUGCACCGGCCUGCGCUGGAGCUUGUGAAACGGGCGAAUUUGUUGCAUCCACCAGCAAAUUUGGCGACGGUAAAACUUGUGCGACCGGAGUCAAACGUUACUGCUGCGCCAUGCCACCUCAAUGGCUGGCCCAGCUGGCCCAGUCUUCUUUCUACGUAUUGAACGGAGGUCCGGUCGAACCCAUUCUACCAUCUGGAUACACCCAUUAAUUGAUGAAUUGUCAUCUUUUAAAAUUAUUUUAAAUCCAUUCUAAAUUUUAUACAAAAUAUUUUGUAAUUCAGACACAAAUUACACAGAAACUUUAUACUG